CAGUGGCAUAUUAGUGUAUAUGAGCUUUCUGUGUGCAGCAGAGGGGCUGGGCUUAACUUUCCUCCUAAACAGAAAGUUUACAGAGCCAAGCACUCUUAUUUUUUCUUCUCCUCAUUGCUUUGUAGUGUUGCACACUGAGCAGACCACACUUUUAUCAGGUGCUCACUGAACCAGAGAAAAGACAUGGCCGUCACACAUCAGCCAGGACAGGUGGUGAUGGUUUCCACUACUCAAGGUUCUCAAGGCCCAUCAGUUUGGAGUACCGGCCUGUGCGAUUGCUGCAGUGAUAUGGCCACCUGUUGCUUUGGUUAUUGGUGCUUCCCCUGCAUGCAGUGUCAUACAGCCAGUGAGUUUGGAUGGUGCUGCUGUACGCCACUCCUGGACUACUGCUGCUGUGGCGUGGUGUCCUGUAAGCUGCGCUCCGCCAUUAGAAAGCGCUACAACAUCCCUGGCUCGUUCUGUGACGACUGCUGUAAACUGAUGUGCUGUUACUUAUGCGUCUGGUGCCAGAUGAAUCGUGAGGUGAAGGUCAGGAAGAACCAGGUCACCUCAGUGGUCACUACCCAGGUCGUCCGUACUUAGGACGCAGCUUUUUGGGCUGUGGGUUGAAGGCAUAUGUUGUCCAAAUAUUGCCCUCUGGUUAUUUUCUUACUGCUGUUACGAUAAAAAUAUCUAAAAAAAAAAAAAGAAAAAAAGAUUAGUUCUGUUUGCGCAGCUAUAAGCACUAGCACAAAGACAAAGCAUUUACUUUGAGUAAUUAACACAGAGCAUCAUAAAGAUCAGUAUGAUAGUGUUCUGGAAUUAGCUGUUAAGUGAAACAAGCUUGCUUAAACUCUCUAUUAAUGCCAGAUGAUUUGAGUUUUGUUCAUAUGAUAUCAUGAUGAAUGUUAGAAUUCGGGUAAGAUCAGUGUCUCUGGUUCACUCUGGUCAAUAAAAUAUUUUUGUUUCAUCUAACAAAA